AGAUGAGUUUCUUUUGCAAAAAAGGUUGCAUUUGUUUGCAAAACGAUGGAUUUGUUUUCGCUUCAUAGUAUUUCAUCAUAAGAAAUGUGACGCAUCCAGUGUGCCGGCGGCGCAGUGCACGCUGGGAUAUGUCGCCUGCACACACAGCUCCUCCCCACGUGUUUGACUGACUGUAGAUCAGCAACAUGGUAGCAACAGCGGCAGCGACUCCUGAGAUUUACACACAGAGAUCACAUCGCUUGACUGAAGGAACUGAAGAAAUCAAUACCACAACGUUAAAAGAUUAACUACAUUUAUCUAGUAAAGUGCAGGUUUGAAAUCCACCAGCAGAGGUUUCGUCUGGUUUCUUCAUUAUGGCCAGUGGUGAUGAUGAUGAUCCAGUUAUACAAGAGAUUGAUGUCUAUCUGGCCAAAAGUCUUGUGGAAAAGCUUUAUUUGUUUCAGUACCCAGUGCGUCCUGGUAGCAUGAGCUAUGAUAAUGCCGCUCAUUUGUCAGCAAGAAUUAAACCCAAACACCAAAAGGUUGAACUUGAGGUUGCCAUGGAUACAAUGAGUCCAAACUACUGCCGCAGUAAAGGGGAGCAAAUCGCUCUUAAUGUAGAUGGCACUUCCUCAGAGGAUUCCAACACUUACUCCACGAAAAUGAUGGACAAGCAAGCAUUCUCAUCAAUCCAGGCUACUACAAAUACAUCCCGCUAUGCUGCAGCGGUGUUUCGCAAAGGAGAGCUUCAUCUCACUCCAUUGCAAGGAAUUCUCCAGAUGAGACCGAGUUUCACAUAUUUGGACAAAGCUGAUACUAAACACAGAGAAAGAGAGGCAGCCAUUGAAGCCGGAGACUCUUCUCAGGAUGAGGCAGAAGAUGACGUGAAACAAAUCACUGUGAGGUUUUCCAGACCUGAGUCCGAACAGGCCCGUCAACGGCGUAUCCAGUCAUACGAGUUCCUGCAAAAGAAACAGGCGGAAGAGCCCUGGAUCCACCUGCAUUAUCACGGUGUAAAGGACGGGCGCUCUGAACAUGAGCGUCAGUAUCUUUACUGUCAGGCCAUGGAUACCACAGAGAACACAGAGCUGGUGAAAACCCCAAGUGAAUAUCUGUCUAUGCUUAUGCCUCCACUGGCUGAAGAAAAAGUUGUCAAGCCGAUGGGUCCUAGCAACGUACUCUCCAUGGCUCAGCUGCGCACCCUUCCCUUGGGUGAUCAAGUCAAGACCCUAAUGAAGAAUGUCAAGGUUAUGCCAUUUGCCAAUCUGAUGGGACUGCUUGCAUCAGGCAUAGACUCCACCUCUGUACUGCGCUGUAUACAGCAGGUGGCGCUGCUGGUCCAGGGGAACUGGGUGGUGAAGAGUGAUGUGUUGUAUCCUAAGAACACAUGUAGUUCACACAGUGGAGUUCCCGCUGAAGUGCUCUGUCGGGGUCGAGACUUUGUGAUGUGGAGAUUCACUCAAGAAAGAACCCUGAUGAGAAAAGAAGUUGCUGCUACCAUAAAGCUGCCUCCAGAAGAUGUGAAGGACUUCCUGGAGCAGAUGUCUGUUCCUAGGUUAAACAGAGGCUGGGAGUUCCUGUUGCCUACAGAUCAUGACUUUGUGAAAAAACACCCCGAUGUGGCACAAAGACAACACAUGCUUUGGCUAGGCAUUCAGUCUAAGUUGGAAAAAGUUUUCAACUUCUCCAAAGAUGACUUUGUGCCUAAAAAGGAUGCACACAUGGAGCCCGUCCACGUUAGCGGAGACCAACGCCUCAAAACCGCAAAGGACAACGCCCAGGAGAAGCACGCCAUUCUCCAGAGGGAACUAGAUGCUCGUAGAUUAAAGACAUCCAGGCCCCCGGUGGCUUCCGGUGAAGCCAACAGCUCAGUGCAAGUCAAACAAGAGCCCAUGAGUGACUCUGAAGAACCCAUGGACACCUCAGGCUCUCUCACAAACGGCACAGUCAACGGAUACCCGGACUCUCAUAACAGACACGGGGGCGGUAACGCACCCACCCCAGAGCUCCAGCACUUUGUGCGAAACAUUUUUCUGAAGCACUAUGUGUUGAGUCUGAGCGAAUUGAAGAGGCUGUUUAACCUGCAUCUGGCCAGUUUGCCCACAGGGCACGCCGUAUACGGUCACGUUACAGACCGGAUGCUGCAGGACACCAUCCUUCUGAGUCAUUGCAAACAAAUCCUGGUGCCUUUUCCCCCUCAGAGCAAUGCGCCUGCAGAUGAGCAGAAAGUCUUUGGUUUGUGGGAGAGUGGAGAAACCUUUGACAAGCACCGUCAGGUUUUGUUUGAGAUCUUCAUGAAGAACUAUCGUGUCAGGCGAAACGUGAUCCAGUCUCGUCUCACGCAGGAACUGGGCGAUGCCGUCACAAAAACAGAUGUGGAUCGACUUCUCAAGGAAUGCUGUACUAGUUUAGGAGGGAUGUGGUACCUGAAGGGUACUGUCCACUCCUGACAGGAAGCAUGGGAGUCCCGGGUAUCAUAUCGAUCACAGCUUCUCCCUCAGAGUUUAGUGAGAGAAAACUUUACACAGGGAGGCAGAGGAAACACACAAACCAAUCAUUGCCCUCGGCUGAAGAAGACCAGGGCAGGGGACGUCAAUCCAUCAUUUUGGAGCAUCUGCAUACGUUAAUGCACUCAUUUAUGUAUCCAGAAGAGUCAGAGACCAUAUCUGGUCCAAGCUCACAAAUCACAUUACCAUGUCUGGAAAAGGGCUGGAUCUGUUAGAUCCUGUGUACAUUUAAUUUCAAAGAAGGAGAUGCCUGGACUGUCAGUUGCUUUUGGUUGUUGUUUUUUAUGAGGUAAUAUAAAUAGUUAUAAGUAAUAAAGAGAAGCAGAGACAAUGGUUGUGAUUUUAUGGUUGUGGCCUUUGGGAGCUUCUUGACAGAUUUUGGCCUUGUUUAGAAGAGUAAGCUGACUGAAAAAGAGAUGUUUGGUUUGAUGAGUUGCACAGAUUUUACUGCAUAUUAUUUCCUGAAUUAUUGUUUUCUUUUUGUCCCACACUUAAGCAUGAAUACUGUAACCCAAAAGAAAAACGGUGCAAGAACACUUAAAGAUAAAGGGCACUUGGUCAUAUUAAACAAGUUCUUCUCUAGCUUUAUGAAAUGUUAUUUUUUCUUUGUAAGGUCUGCAAAGGUUCCCUUUCACUCUAUGCACUUCUGUGCUGUGUUGACUGAAAUGUUUACACUUUUCCUAACAUGGAUGAGUCGAACCAAAGCCACCAAAAUGGUUCUCGUUGGUAUUAAAAAAAUGGAUUAUGGAAGCAGUUUGAAUCAUAGAAAAAGGUUUUGAAUAUUGCCACAGAUAAGCGGCCAAAUAAAUGUAUGAUGUAUCAUGAUUUAUGAGUGAAAUUGGUCGAGUUGGUGUCUGAGUUUUUGAGGUUGGUUCUGAAGAAUACUUCUCUAAGAAUCCUAAGAGCCUCUUUGAGGUCUCAAAUGGAAUUUACUGUCUGAUAAAAUUGUGUUUAAGUGCUGCCUUGUCCAAUUCAUUUCAGCCCAUUUACAACAUUGUGACUUAAGGCUGACAAACACAUUCUGUUCUGGUGAAAAAAAAAAAAUGUUUGCUCCUAUUCAUGGUUAGGGGCUAAAGCUGUUUGAUAAAGUUUCUAAACUGCUUGGGGUGUAUAAGAAAGUGCCUCUUACAUAUUCAGGGGAAUUAUUGAAUAGAUAUAAAUAAAAUGUCAGCUGAAACAAACUCUUCAUACACCUAAAGUGAACAAGUCUGAUCUAUUCAAUAUCCUCAGCGUAAUCAACUGUCCUGUCUUUUUUCCACAUAUUUGGACACUUCACUGUAAACAUUUUAGCCAAGUCUGUAUGCUCAUACUGUAACAGAGAUGAGUUUCAGCCACUAAAGACAGUCAACACGUUUUUUAUUUUAUUUUAUUUGUAUCAUUCAGAAUAAAUACUGCAGCUGAAAUCUUGUCUUGAGUUGUUU